AUGGGCGCGGGGGGCUCUGCGGAGGCGCGCAGCCCGCAGGACGGGGACGCCGCCCAGGACGGGGGGCACGCCCGGACCGCCGGACCGCAGGCGGAGGCGCCGCCCGAGCCGGAGCCGCGCCAGGAGCGCGCCAAGGUUUUACAGAAGAAUGGGUAUUCCAGUAUUAACGGAAUUGCAGAAGAGCAAGUGGAGCUCGACCUUAAGCCAGAGGGGCUGAAUGGACAACAGGCACAAGGAAUCAUAACAGACGUUGGAAAAAGAGAAACUCCAAAUGUGAUUCUAAAAGAAGAGUCUGCUGAAAACGUGGAGACCAAGACACCAGAAUCAACUGGUAAAACAAAUGAAUAUGAUGACCCUAAGGACUCACCAGAUGGUGAUAAACAAUUGCCAACUCCAGAAGAAAAAGCAGAAGAGCAGGAACUAUCCAGCGAAUCUCCAUCUAAUGAUGUCGGAUUUAAAAAAGUGUUUAAGUUUGUUGGAUUCAAAUUUACUGUCAGAAAGGAUAAGACUGAAAAGUUAGAACCUGUUCAGCUAUUGAAUGUAAAAGCAGAUGAUACAGAAGUCACAGCAGAUGCAGCUGGAGACUGUAAAAAAGUCAAAAUGGAGAUGGUAGAGGAAGCAGUACAAGAUGAGGUGUCUCAUCCUGUAGAAAAGACUGAACAACAAACUCAAACUGAGCAGUUGAAGGAAGAAGCUUCUUCUGAAAAUAUAAAAGAAAGUUCUGUGGAACCAACUGAACGAAGCAAAGAGGCAGAAGUUAAAAGUGAUGGUAGCAAGUUGGUAGAGUCUCCAACAAGUCCAUUAGCUAAUGAAACAGCCUCACCCCUAAGAAAGUUCUUUACUCAGGGAUGGGCUGGCUUUAGGAAAAAGACAAGCUUCAGGAAGCCGAAAGAAGAUGACCAGCCUGUUGAGACAGAAAAACAAGACCAAGAGAAAGAAAUGGCAGAAGAAGAAAAUGCUAUUGAAGAAGAACUGGAAAAAGAAAAAACAGUCCCAGAAAAGGAUGGGGCAGAAAUUUCAGUAGAACCCUCAGAUGAGGCAGUGAAAAAAGAAAGAGAGGAAAGAGAAGAAGCAAAAAUGAGGGACGUCUCAACAGAAACACACCAAGAACAACCCAUUACUCCACCAUCACAAGAGUCUGUAAAAAGUGUAAACAAUGAAUCUGAGAUAUGUUUGACUGAGAAGAUUGGUCUGGCCUACAAGGAAAAAUCAGAACCAAUGCAAGAAUGUCUACCAUCCCUAGAGCAAAGCACUCCUGCAUUGUCUGAGAAAAAACAUGCUGCUCCCCUGGCAAAAGAAGUACUUGAGGAAAAAUUAGACACAUGUGAACCAGCUUCUCCACUGGCAAUGGCAAAGACUGAAGAAGAUUUUGAAAUACUUGAAGACAAACUUGAACCAAAAGCUCCUCUGGCAACUGAAAGUUUUGAUGAAAUACCCUCAGAGUUUAACAAUGAUAUUAGCACCAUUGUGAAGGGGGAAGAGGUAAAAACAAAUGAAAAAGAAGAAUUAAUUCAUGAACAAUUAGUUGAGACAGAUGCUCAAAUUUUAAAAGGACAAUCUGCUGAUGAACAGUUAAAAAUAAAAGAAACUAUACCUGUAGCAACGAAUGAACAGAUUAAUCAAACUGAACCAAGCAGUGGAGAUGCAGCAACAUCUAAACCUCCAGACGGCAUCACAAAUGAAGCUGAAAUGCUUUCAUCCCAAGAAAGAACUAAGAUACAUGGCAGCCCCUUAAAGAAGCUUUUUACAAGUACUAGCUUAAAGAAGUUGUCAGGAAAGAAACAUAAAGUAAAAAGAGAAGAAUCUAAGUCAGGGGAAUCAGUGGAACAAACACAAUUGUCUGAUUCUGCAGAAAGUCCUGAAGAACAAAAGGGAGAAAGUUCUGCCUCUUCUCCUGAAGAGACAAUAGAGCUGUCUUCUGUAGAAAAAGUUACAGAUGUAGUACAGGUCACUGAAACUGAAGAAGGUGUUACUUCAGAUAUGGAGAAGAAAAGAGAAAGUGUUACUCCUUGGGCAUCGUUUAAAAAGAUGGUGACCCCUAAGAAACGGGUCAGGAGACUUUCUGAAAGUGACAAAGAAGAAGAACUUGAGAAGGCCAAGAGUGCUACUUCAACUGAAAGCGCUCCUUGUGAAGAACAGGAAGAUAAUAAAGAAAAUAGUGAGGAGCAGAAGUUAGAAAAAAGUAUAGAUGAGCCCAAGAGAAAGGUUGAUACUUCUGUAUCAUGGGAAGCCUUAAUUUGUGUAGGUUCAUCUAAGAAAAGAGCUGGAAAAUCAUCAUCUUCUGAUGAAGAAGUAGGACAAAGACUUGCUCAAGAAGGGCAAAAAAUAGAUGAAAGUGGAGCAUAUAAAGAAACAGCCCCAGACAUGACCUUUACUAGCUCCCAGGAAAGUGAUCAAGGACAAGGAAAUUCCUCGCCAGAACAAGCUGGAAGUCCAUCUGAAAGUGAAGGAGUUUCAACAUGGGAGUCCUUUAAAAGGCUAGUAACUCCAAGAAGAAAAUCCAAAACAAAGAUGGAAGACAGAACUGAAGAGGUGGCCACAGUUCCAAGUUCAGAACAUUCUGCAUCAGAUGGAGAUUCUGGAAAAGAAGAAUCCUGGGUUUCAUUUAAAAAAUUAAUGCCUGGUCGCAGGAAGAAAAAGUCAGAUGGAAUACCAGAGCAUGCUCCUGUUGAGGAAGUGGGAGAAGAAAUUACAGAAAACAAUGAAGAAGAUUAUGAUGUUCCAGCUGUUGUUCCUUUAUCAGAGUAUGAAGCGGCUGAACAAGAGAAAUUUGAAGCACAAAAGGCAAAAGAGGAUGAUGUAACUAAGAAGAGAACUUUGGAUGAGAGAAUUGAAAAGUCAAAAGAUGCUUUAGUGGAUGCACAGUCCAGUGAAGGACUAGUUCACGCAGUUACUGUCACAGUGGUUGAAGGGGAAAGAGCAGUUACAAGUAUUGAAGAAAGGUCUCCAUCUUGGAUAUCUGCUGCUGUGGCAGAGUCCAUUGAACAUGCAGAUGAAGACAAAGAGAAACAACCUGAGCAAACUUCUGAAACUGGAAUUGGAGAAGAUAUAGCAGUAGUUACUAAACACAUGCCAGAAAUUAGAAAGGACAUUAGUGGUGACACAAUAAUCAGUGAACUGGAGUUGACCCCAGAAGCAAUUACAGCUCGAGAAGAAGCUUCAGGUGUUGAAGAAGUAACUGAAGUUUCCUGUGCUGAAGAGACAACUGAAAUGGUUUCAGCAGUUUCAAGAUUAAGUGAGUCUCCUGAUACAACAGAAGUAGCUACACCUGUUCAGGAAGUAGAAGCUCAGCAAAAUCUAGAAGAAUUAAAUAAGCAAACCCAGGAAGUUCUACAAGAAGUUGCUGAAAGAGUUAAAUUAUCUGAUGAAGCACAACUGGUUAGUGAAAAAGUGUCUGAAAUAGCCAUUCAGUCAACAUCAGUAGAAAAAAGCAGGCAAGAAAUUACCGUCAUCGUGUUUCCAGAAUCUAAAUUGGCCGACUCACCCUUAAAGGUAGAAGAUCUUGAGAAGAUUAGUAUCCACAUUAAUGAAGGCACAGAAAGUGAUCACACUCAAGGUGAAGUUAAAGGAAGUCGUUUGAAGGAAAUGUUGGAGAAUAGUAAAGACUCAUGUGCUGAGGGAAAAGAAAGAACAGAAAAAAGUGUGCAUUUAGAUGUGGCUGAUGCAAGUGAAACUGAACAAGAAAGACAUGAAGAAGUCAUGAACGAACAGACAACUGAAGAAAAAUCUGAAGAGGAAGAUUUUGUCUUUGUUACAGUACCUGCUGGUGAAGAGCCAGAAAUAAAAAUUGGUGAGACUGUUGGAAAGCAACAACAUCUUUCUUUAGAAGCAGUUUUGGAGGAAUGUGGAACUAUUGCAGUAGAGGAAGUGACCGUGAAUUUAGAAGCAGCAGCUCAAGGUGAGGUCACUGAAGAUGGUGUUACAGAAGUGGAUGAAUCAAUGAAAGGAAUAAAUGAAGAGAAGACUGAAUUCUCCUAUAAUCUUAUGCAAAUGGUGAUUGUACCUGGCCUGGAGUCAAAAAAUGCAGAAAUAAGUGCAGCUGAGGUAAAGAAGGCUGCUAUGCUGAAUGAUGUAAAAGAUUCUGAGCAGUUUAUACAACCCACAAGACCUGAAGAACUAGUGCCUGAAGUACCAAUCCAGAGCCAGGCUGUUGAUAUUCCAGUGCAGAAUGUAGUAAAUGAAGUGAAUGCUCUGGAUAUCACCAAAGAUGUUACAAUUGGCUUAGAAACUAAAAGGACAGAGAAAGUUGCAUCUGGGGCCUACUUGCAGAACAAGGACACUGAGGCCCUUUUACACAAUGUGCCAACUCAAACUCCUGUGCAGAAAAUGGAACCUGAUAUCCAUCUUGAGAAAGUAGAAGUGGAGAUCCCCGUAGAAAAUAUGAAACCUAAGCCUCAUCUGUUGAAUACUGAGACAAAGAUCCAUGUAGACACUGUGGAAACAGGGAUAUCCAUUAGAAAGAUGGAAGUCGAGGUCCACCAGCAGGAUGCAGAGAUUGAGGCCCUUAUACAAAAGGUAGAAACAGAGAGCCAUAAAGAAGUGGAAAAGGAGCCAUACCUACCAAAUGUGGAAGCUGAGGUCCUGGCAGAGAAGACUGAUGUAAUGGUGGAAGCGGAACUUUCCACAGAGAAGGCAAAAGCAGAAAUUCCUACAGAAAAAGCAACAAUUCUGACAGAGGAGGCAGAAGCAGAGGUUCCUGUAGAAAAGGCAUGUGGAAAAAUGCAUUUGGAGGCUUCUGCAGAGAAAAUAGAUACAGACGUGGAAGUGGGGUCCCCAGCAGAAAAGACUGAUGUAAAGGUGGAUGUGGAUGCCUCCAUAGCAAAAGUAGUUGAGGCUUCUGUAGAGAAAGAGGCAACACCGUUCCAUAUAGAAGAGGUGGAAUCAGAGGUUGCCAAGAAAGUUGAAAUGAAGGUUCCUGUACAAAAGGUGGAUGUGAAAGACCUCACAGAAGAUACAAAAGUGGAAGAUACAAAAGUCAACACAGAAGAAGCAAAAGUAGGCAUUCCUUCAGUAAUGGUGGAGGCAGUAGUGAAUACAAAGGCCCUCACAGAGAACAUAGAUGUGGAGGCCCUUGCAGAGCAGUCAGAAGAAGCAGUGGAAGGAAAAGCUGCUGCCAAGUUAGCAAAGCAGAAGGAGAUUCUGCAGAAGGUGGAGGCGGAGGACAAGUUUCAAUCUGAGAUAGACGAUACUAUGAAUUCCAUAAUUUCAGUUGAAGUUCCAGUUUGUGCAGAUUUACCGCAAGCAACUGUGACUGGUGACAUAAGUAGAGUUACAGUGCAAAGUGGGAUGCAAGAUACCGCCAGUUCCUUUCAAGUAGAAUAUUUGGAUUCCGUUGGAUCUGAGGGUCCUUUUAAGGGUGAGGUUAAAAGUGCUGGUCUUGCCUUUGAACUAACAUCAACUGAGCAAGCAGUAAUUGACGAACCUGUGGAAAGGGGGGAAAUCAAAGUUUUAACCUAUAAACAAGAUGCUGUUUUCAUACAGAAUUACCCAGCAGAUGGCAAGCUUACUUUAGAAUCUCAACACGUAGAAGAAAUUUCUCCCCAAACAAAUAAGCUAGGGGAUGUCACACUUGCCUUUGAAUCAAAAUGCACAGAAGAAAUUGUAACUGAGACCCCUAUGCAGAAAGAAAAGUUUAUACCCUUUAUGGAGAUUGAAGGAGAAGAAUCAAAGAGCAUGGAUAGUGCUGCAUCUGAAGUCCUUAUGCAAAGUGAAAAGGAAAAUUCACUUGCUUUGAAAUCAAAUUUCACAGAGGAUGAGUUAACUGAAGAUGCUGUGGAAAAUAAGCUUGAAAACACAGAACUAGCAAUUGAAUCCAAACACACAAAAGGAGUAAUUAAGGCUGCAGCAAAGACUGAAGUAGAAGGAGAAACCUUCGUCUCAGGGAGAGUUUCAGAAAGCUCUAAGAAAAUAAAAGUACGAUCACAGAAGUGCGUAACAGUGGAAACAGACAAAUCAACUGAAAGCACUGAACAAGCUGCUAGUGGUGAUGUACUUUAUGCAGCUCCAAUGCAGCAAUGUCCCAAGCAACAGGAGGGUGUCACUACUGACAUUCCUGAAAUGCAAAGCUAUGAAGCUUCUAAGUCCUCUGUGCCAGUAACAGCUGCAGCAGUUGAAGAGCAGGUCAUUGAGGAAAGUGUUACUGUCACAGAAGGAUCAGCGGAAACGUUGCAGUCUUUCUUAGAAGAGUCCAAAGAAACUGCAUUCAAAAUGGUACAGCAAGUGACCUUUGCUCACUCGGGUCUGAGGGCUCCAGGUUCUGAUACUGAAGUUGUGUCAUGGACUGAGAAGACAAAAUCAGCAGCUGAGAAGCCAAUUUUGCCAGCUGAUGAUGUGAUCCAAACACACGUAUUGGAUUGCCUCCCCAAAAUGAAAUCAGCGCUCAGUCAAGAUACUGAAAAACAGGUUCUGUCUCCAGAAAGAAGCCCCUCUUUGACACAUAUAGAAUUACAAAAAGAUGGUGUUCAGCAUGUGACUAUAGAGUCUCAGAGUACCAAAAUUGUGCUUAAAAUAAUUCAGAAUGCCGUUGAUAAACUGGAGAAAACAGAAGAUACCGCAUCUGCGUCAAGUCUAGUGUGUGAAAAUAAAUCUCAAAUUCGGGAAAGCAUACACACUGAUCAGCAGCUGGUUCCUACAAACCUGGAGGAACAAGAGACCCUCACAACAGAAGAAAAUGUGCCUUUAACUUGUGACAUGUCUGAAGAUGGAGGAAGUUGGGACGCUAAAAGGGCAGAUACUGAUCGAGAAGCAGUGAAACACAUGUCACGGUCAGAUGAACAUUUGGGCACUGUGACAACACUAGUGCAAGGUCAUGGAGCCAUGAAUGAAACCGGGGAAAAGAUUACCGAAGAGCUGGGCUUGCAGAAAGAAAAUGGUGAAAUAAAGCUUGAAUCUGAAGUGGAUGCUGCUGUUCCAGCAGAGACUGAGAGAAUGACAGUGGAAGGUAUUGUCUCAGGAGAUCUACCCAAAGAGUCACUUGACAUAGACCAACCAAAGCUAAAGGGUGUAGAAGCUGGAGAGAUUGUUCAAAUGCAAGAACACUUUAUAGAGCAGCGAGCACAUGCAAAAAGGAAAGAAGACCAGUCAAUAGGACUUGGGGAGACACACACAGAGGAAGGUGUAAAUAACCAAGACUACACAUCCUGUGAGAGUCUACUGUUAAAAUCAGAGCUCACUGAAUCCUGAAGUUUAAAUUGUCUGAAAGCUGCAUCUUAUACUUGGAGGGACCAGUAUAUGAAGAAGGCAGGGGAAGAGAAUGGAUUCCACAUUACUGGGCUGAAGACCAAUACUUUGGAAUAGUGAUACUAGUCCUUUGCUUUCCAAUGUCAUUCUGAGAAGGCAUCUGACAAUCCUGAGGCACCAUCAGGAGCUCAAGGCCUCUUCUUUUCCUUUGAUUGUUAACACUG